AUGGCGAAUAUGGAUAUUAUUGUUGAAACGGAUAUAGAAUCAAACAAUUCUGAUAAUCCUUUACAAAAACUUCAUUCGUUAUUAGUUCAUCGUCGUAUUGGUGGUUCACAGUUAACAGCUGCCGAUUUUGUAGACAUUGAUUCCUGUAUUCCAACAUUUAACGAGUGGGACGAUUCUGAACAUCUUAAAACUUAUAUCCAAGUUACUCAAGAUGAUAACGAAGAAGAAGAAGAAGAAGCUUUNCUGUGUUUUCCGCGCUUUCCUGUGCUUACCGGCCGUUUCCCGCCGUACGUACACGACCUGGGUUUAUUAGAACAACCACCAAAUUUAUUUGAGGCACUCGAAAUUAUGAAAAAACUUCAUCUUUUUGCUUCUAUCGAACAACCUCAGUUACACAAUCUUAUAUCUGAUCUAGAAUCGCAAUUAACUGAUAUUUAUCUUGAUUCAAAAGCGGUUAAAUAA